CACAACGUCAGUGGUAUCACAAUGUCAGUGGUACCGCUAUAAAAUUUGGUAACGCGACUUUUAUAUCGGAUUUGACGUUUAUAGCAUAGCCCUGAUAUCAACAGAGUCGUCAGGCAGGGCCAAUGGUGUAGUUCCAAUUUUCAAGUGAAGUUAAAUAAAAACACUGUUCAAAGUUAAGAAAGUAAUGGCACAAUACAAUGAAAAACAAUUCUGGGCUAAUCAAAGCAAUACAAAUUCGUAUGAUGGGUUUGGUGAACAAUCUCAAUCAUUCGACUUUCAAUCAUUCGAUCAAAACUCUAGCUUUUUUCCUCCUAGCGCCUAUCCCUCUACUCAGCAAGGUUCAGGCUUCGGACAACCAACCAUCUUUAUGCCAGAUAUGUCGGUAUCAGCUGGGUCUCAAGAAUACGGUGGAUCUGGAGAUGGUGUACCUACCGGUGAACCAAACGAUAUUGAUGAACCGCCACUAUUGGAUGAAUUGGAAAUUUACCCUCAAAGAAUACUAGAAAAAUCACUUUCUGUGCUCAAUCCAUUUCAUGCUCAAGGAAUGAUAGACAGUCCAGAAUAUUUUUUUAAAGAAACAGACCUAGCUGGUCCAAUUGCAUUUUGCCUCACGUUAGCCGCAUGUUUAUUUGUAACCGGUAGCAAAGCGCAGUUUGGUUACAUAUAUGGUCUGUGCGUAAUAUCGGUAGUAGUUAUGUACGUUUUAAUUACUUUGAUGUGCAACUCAUCGGAGAACUAUGUAACAAUAACCGCUGUUGCAAGUAUUUUGGGAUAUAGUAUUUUACCCAUUGUUUGGUUAUCGAUUCUCGGAAUUUUCUUUUCACUGAAUACAACAAUCGGCAUAUCGCUAGCAGCAUGCGCAAUUUUUCUUUCUACAAUGAGUUGCAGUCGCAUAUUUUGCAUCAUGACCGGAGAUUUACAUCAACGUUACCUGCUCGCCUAUCCAUGUGCAUUGGUAUACAUUAUAUUUACGCUACUUGUUCUUUUCUAAAGUCGUACUAUGGAAAUCUUUCUUUCAGUUUAACCCUCAUUUGUGGCAAUAAAAAUGUUAAAUCCAA